CUAUUAAAUCUUCUGAAGAUAAAGAAAUUAAAAGACAAUUUAUAAUAGCUGACGAAAUAACCAACGGAUUAGUUGACUUACAAAUACAGAUUGAAAAUAAUAGAUAUAUUAGUAAGCUUAUCAACAUGCAAGAAGUCAUAGACAAAUUAUCUGAAGUUCUAGACUCUGAAAUAAUAAAUAUUCAAGUUCCUGAUAAUUUAUAA